UUUUUUUUUUUUUUUUUUUGUCAACAUUGAUAUUAUUAAAGGCUUAAAGCCCAAACAAGGUAAACCGAAGGCCCAUUACAACCCAAUUCAUAAACUGAUUUCAACAAAAGAUGAUAACUACAAUAUUAAAGAAAAACGUGGAAACACGUGUUGACUAUUGGGUUGGCUGAUGAAAUGGCGAGAAGAAUCUCGACUUGACUUCAAUGUUCUCACCGGCGGUCUAUCUUCCGAUUAUCUCUCCGGUAAACUUCUCGGAUGAGACGCAUAAGCUUUACCGCUUCCUUCGAAUCUACCUUGAACUCUUCAUACAAAGCUCGCCGGUUCUUGUAGUUUGAUCUCCGAGUGGUCACCGAUCCUUAAUUCCUGGGAAAACUGAUGGAUCUAAAGACAGAUCAUCUGUCAGGACGUUUCAAAGAAACCCUGAAUUUACUUAAUCUGCUUCAAAAUCAACCAGACAAAUCCAACACCUUCGAUUCUUCAACCAAAAGGGAGCAUCUUCCUAUCUUUCUCUUUAGGAAGAAACGAUUACGCCCCCUCUGAUGAGAUCUGGCACUCGGCUAGUACCAAAAGACAAACACAAGUUCCAGGAUUUAUGGUUAGAUCUUGCAUGAAGAGAAAGUGUCAACGCAAAUCAGAGAAAGAAAUAGAUUCGUGAACAGUUCUGAUUUGGUUGAACAAAAACACACCAAAAGAUCGCCUAGCGAAAGUGAAAAUCCGCAACCGGAACAGAAGUUCGAUCAACAGAUCGAAUAUUUACAUACAAAAAACAAAAAGAUAAAAUAUGGUAACCGGCAGCGAGAGCCACCGGCUACCGAUCGACGAUGGUGAUUGAAGUUUUCUAGUGAGAAGUUGGAGAGAGUAGAAAGAGAAAAAACAUGUAUGGGACAGCGGUGCCUAACCUCUCCUAGUGAAUAUUCACAUCAAAUAAAUGUCACCGACGAAAUGACAUAUUGAUAUUUAUUUAAUUCAUAAUGAAUUCUACUUAUCACUGUUUUCAGUUGAUCCCUAAUCACAAAUACAUUGUCCGGACGAUUUCUGAUAAAAUGGUUUUGCUAAUAGUAGCAAAUGUAGAUCUAAUAGUUUUAAAAUCUUUGCAUACAUAACCGUAAGAGAUGGAUUCCCUUUUCUGAGUUUACGCAUGGCCACAUGUCUUUGGUAGUUCAAAACCGAGAUCUUUUAUAGUCUUUUCACGUGGAAAGUCCAUGUGAUUUCCCUUAUCACAAUAUAUUAUUUAUGUUUUAAUAAAAUUAAUAUUUUUGGAUUAAAUUUGGACUUUGGGCUUUAUGGUCAAAACUAAAAAUAGCAUUAGACAUUUAUUCGUAACACAAUAAUUCAAAAAUUUGGGUCACUUAACUCUUUUUUUUUGUCUUCUGUUAUACUAUUAUAUUUAAAAUAUGAAAGUUUUGCAUAAGCCGGAAACGAACUCAUCAUUCCAGAAACAUAAGCUAGUAAAAAUCGCAAUCUUUCAAAAGCGAGACGAGAAAACAGAAUAAUAAACCUAGACGAAUACAAACAAAUGAAAAGAUGAACUAAAACUUGAGCUGAAUGUCUCGAAGAAGAAACUGAAGCAGUCUUGAUAAUAGCCACCGUUGACGUUGAGAAAGGAUGCGCCGAUCUUCAAAGUCACUAAAACUUUAAAUUUUUGUUUUGUUUUUUUUCAGCAAAAAAGUAAAUUUAUGUUUUUCAUUUAUAUAAUCAGCUACCGAAUAACCAAGUGAGUGAGGAUGAAGAGUUGCGAAAAGAGAGGUCACACUGAUAAUAUUAAUUUAAAAUAAUUUUACCCUCAGAGAUACAUUUUGUGUUUACAAUUUCACUCAGAGACACAUUGUGUUACAGCACACUUUCUUAUACUAGGUUUACUAAUAUAACCCUCAACUAAAAAACAUCUUUAGUUGACUAGAAAACUCACUCAACUAACCAAUCCAAAACCGAUUCCUUAUUUUUAACUUUUUACCAAACCAUCGCUUACCUUAUCUCUUCCCCUUUUUACGAUUCUUGUUAAUCUUCUUCAAAACUGAUGAACCCUAAUUUCUUUCUCCAGCGACAUCUUCUAGAUCCAAAAAGCAUAAUCUGAAAUUGGACCCAAAUCUAACCUUCCCAAACCAUCGUCUCUUUGAUUUGUUGUUUCUCCUCACCGAAUUCGGGUAUGUGAUUCGCGUUAUCAUCGUCUUGCACUUAGUCUCUCGACCUCGAAGUUCUGGAUUUUUGCGGUUCUAGCGUUUCACAUAUAAACUCCAAAUGGAAGGUUAGAUCCGGCUUCUUAGACUUCUUGAUUCCCUCUUCCCACAGAUAAACUAAUUGAUUCCCUCUUCCCACAGAUAAACAAGCCAGAUUAGAACAAGACCUGAUCCAACUAAAGCAAGAACUUCUUGACAUGAAGAAAGAUAUCAGCGAGAUUGUUGAGGUUUUAGAGUGUAUUAAAUCUUAGAUCUAGAUCUGGUUCUGAAUCCAUAUCCCAUAAUCUUGUUGUAAACUUUGCUACCCAUCUACUAUGAAAAAAUAUUAGUUAUUGCUUGCCCCAAUCUUGUAUUAAACAUUGCCACCCAUCUACUAUGCAGCACCUAACGACAAACGAGAUAUGAUCCAACAUCAACCUUUAUACCACAACCACAACAUCCACACCGGCGUAUCCACUGGUAUCAAAAAUGGUUUCACCAUCUCCUUCAGACAUUACUGCUUUUCAUCCGGACCACAACCUCUCUAAUCACAACACAACUUCUGUUCAUCAACAACAACACCCGUGUAGCCACCAAUUCAAAUUUUAAGUUCGCCUUGUCCAGGAACACAACAAUAAACAUUACUAUCAGCUUCCCACACAUAUCAACCCCUACCAACAAAUUACCUUCACACAUCAGAGUUGUUCACCAUGACCACUAUCUCUCUAACCACAACAAGCCUUUGUUACCACACAACCCCGCACAGCUCAUAAUCUAUUUUCAGAUUUCUAGCUAUGAUAACCAAAGUAAAUAGGAUUAAUACCCACCUGAUUCACAAACCUAACAUCCAAUUCCCUAUGACCUUCACAAACCUAAAUGUGGAUGCUAUUUUAAAUACACAAACCAACUACAAACAUAUCAUCCACAACCAAUAAAAAAUCAACCCUUAAACCACAGCCACAACAUCCAUACCGACGUAUUCACAAGUAUAAAAAAUAGUUUCACCAUCUCCUUCACACAUAAUUGUUGCUCAACCUGGCCACAACCUCUCUAACAACAAUACAACUUCGGGGUAUCAACAACAACACUCGUGUAGCCACAAAUACAAAUCUUUAGUUCACCUUCUCCAGAAACACAACAAAAAAUAAUACUCUCAUCUUCCCACAAAUAUCAACAGCUACCAACAAAUUACCUUCACACAUCAGUGGUGUCCACCAUGACCACUACCUCACUAACCACAACAAGCCUUUGUUACUACACAACCCCUCACAGCUCAUAAUGUAAUCCAGAUUUCUAGCUAUAAAAAUCAAAGUCAAUAGGAAUAAUACCUACCUUAUUCACAUACCUAACAUCCAAUUCCCUAUGACCUCCACAAUCCUAUAUGUGGUUGCUAUUUUAAUUAAACAAACCAACCACAAACAUAUCAUCCACAACCAAUACAACAUCAAGUUACAUCAACAAGGUCCAACUACCAUCCCACUGGCAGCACUCAGCUAAAUGAAACACUAUGAGAUUAAGAACCAUCCAAACCACAGAGCCGCACCCACAAAUUCAUUCAUAAUACGAUCACUUCAAACACCUCAUUCCACUCAAAGGUCUUAUGUUAAACAACGCUCCAAACCACAACCACACAUCCACCAGAUCAUCCAUACAAUGUACAAACAAUUCAAAUGACGGUUCAGCCCACUGAGCCAGAACACAAUACCAUAUGCAACAUACUAACCAAACCAACAUGGAUACCACAAACAUCAGACUUACUUUCCAAAAACAAAAAACUCUUUGACCACGCGUAACCAAACCACUACUUAAAAUCCAUAUUGCUAAUUCAUAAAUCAUAACCAAAGCGUUCUUGUUCACACCAUCGGUGGCAUUAACAUCUCUAUUACAAAAAUACAAAAACAAUUACUCCUUGAGGUCACACAGGUUCAAUACAAAAAAAUAUUAUCUCCACACCUCAUUACAAUACCCAUUCACAAAAAGUCUUAAAUUAUAGAGAACUCCAUCUCCAUUCAAAUCGGAGCAGUGCAAUUAGUCAUGUUGUGUCCUUCUGAGCCAUUAGAUCUUCUUUUAAAAAAUGAUUUAACGGCCAGAAAAAAAAUCCUAAAACCCAUACAACUACUUUUACUUUUGCACAUUUUUCAUUUAUUCCAACCAAAGAGUUAUCUGGUUUGGUUCCUUAAAUGGAACAUCCUCUUCCCAAUUUCGCUAGUUAACACUAGGAGGGUUUUUGUGUCCAAGAAAAAGACACAUGUCCCAACAAUGUGUCCUAUAUCCACAAAGUGCCUUUCAGCGUUAACAAAAGACACAAAGUGUCUCCCAGUGUAAACGUCUCUUAACUUAAUGCCAAUAAUUUGGAAUAGGCAAAACGAGAGAGAAAUGAUAUGCAAGCAAAUGUUAAUAACAUCAUGGCGAUCAACAACAAGACAAUCAGAGGCGUGUUUACCAUGGUUUUGAUAAGGCUUCUCCCUUAGGCCCCUGUAAAAUGUGCAAUUUUUAGGACCCCCUAAUUUUAUAAAAUUAGUCUGUAAAGCUAAAUGUAUAGUUUUAGGUAGAUUUUCACAUGAUUCUGAAUUUGACUUUUGUUUUCGAUGAAUGCUUUUAUUCUAAUAAAUUUCAAGAUGUGUUAUAACUAAAAUGCAAAUAAUUAAUUGAAGAACUGACAUGGUAUAACUCACAGUUCUGGUUUUCGCUUUUCUUUUGUUACUUAUUAUAAUCCAAUUUUUUUCUUACCAAAAGUUAGCUAUUUGUAUUUUUAUUUAUACAUUAUGAUAGUUUGAUGAAAUAGUUUAUAGAAAAAAUAAAUAAUACGUUUUAACAAACAUAUUUUUUUAUCUAUCAUCAUUUUUUUAAACGACAAAAUGUUCUAUACUUUAUCUACCAUUAUUAUUAUUCAAUAUUUUUUAUUAUUACUUUUAUUUCUAUUAUUUUAUCAUUGUAUUUAUAUGAUUAUUUUUAUCUUUCUAAAUACCAAAUCAUUAUUUUAACUUUCUCUAAAAAUACCAGUUUUCUACUUAUCAUUUUAACCUUUAUUUUCAAAUAACAAAUUAAUCAUAUUAUAAAAAAUUAUUUUUAAAAUUCGCCUUGAACCCCCAAAAAUCGUCGCACGACACUGAAGACAAUCAUGACAUCCCUAUCUACUAUGAUACCAAAAAUAGUCAUGAAUUAGUCACUAGCUAUUAACAAACUAAACAUUUCGUAGUAAUUUAGAAACAACAAAAUCUAUAAAAAUAAAUAUAUAAUACUAAAAGUAUGAAUGAAAAUUUAAUUGGAUGUAUAUAUAAUAUCACACAUCUAAUAACAACAUGGAAUUUACAUUGGACUUGUUGUUGUAUACAUGUCAUUGUAUAUACUAAGGGAUACCUUGACCUAUUAUCCCAUCUCAAGUUAUAGUUCUCUUGCUUAGAAGUCACAAAGCAAUCCACUUUGGGUUCCAUGCCCAAUUUUCUCAUUUCUAGAGAAAUAAAGAUAUAUAUUGAUAAAAAGAUAUCUCACAAAUUAGCUUCUCUUAUCGCGCCAUUCUUAACUCCCUUAAGUGUUUUAGCUUAGCUUAUUCUCUUCUGUCUUCUCGGUACUCAUGAGAGCUGAAGAUAAUAACACUUUUGAUCUCAAUAACUUACCUGAUGAUCCUUCUAUAGACUUUUUCCCAUUAUUUAAAGAAGGCUCAUCUUCAUCUUCAUCCUCUGGAGGAUUUAGAGAGAAGCACAUCAAAGAUGGAAAAGAGUACGAAUGUAGAUUUUGUUCACUCAAGUUCUUCAAAUCUCAAGCUCUCGGUGGCCACAUGAACCGCCACCGUCAAGAGAGGGAGACGGAGUCACUAAACAAAGCACGUGAACUUCUUCGCAACAAUACAUUUCCUCGUCAUCAAGGCCCUCCAUUUAGUUAUCAGCAUGGAGAUUUGCAUAUAGGAGACCCAAUAACACCAUACAAACCAAUGAUGCAUCCACCAAGAUUGUUCUCCCCCUCCGCACGUCUGCCGCCACCACCACUUGUGCAACCUUAUCUUUAUCCGCCACGGUCUCCUACCCCACCGUUAUCGCUUCCUUACCGUUGCACCAACGACUACUAUUUGCACAACAAUGGUACACAUCACCAAACCCUAGCAAAUAGCGGUUGCGGUGGUCGCUCACCGCCUGAAUCUAGAUACACCUUCAUCGGUUCACCCGUGGCUAAUGGCUCUAGGGUUGCUCCUCCUCUUUCGCAGCCUCUACCUCCACAUCAUGGUUAUAAUUAAGGCAAUGGAACAAAUGUGUGUGUUUUAAUAAAAUUUUAUCCAUUAAUGUUAGAUUUUAUCCAUAUUUUGUGGAAUAUUGAAAGAGACAUGCCAAAGUAAUUGAUAAUGAAAAAAUGAAAUUCACACUGGAGAGGGAGUGUUGUAUUUUGGAGUUAUGUGAGAAGUUUGUAUUUGUAUGAAGGAGCAGCUUUAAACUAUUUUUAUUUUGUUUUUUCUUAUUAUCGUCUACCACUUUCUGGUUCGGAACUGUUUGUGAGACCAAGUGUUGUCUCGUUCUAUAUUUGUUCUUUGAACUUUUCUUUUUCCUCUGGAGAAAUAAAAAGAACACAGAAGUGGCGAAAGACUAGGGAGAGGAGAGAUCAACUUAGUUUUGGACUUCUUCUACGUGACUUAUAACUAACUCUUAUGUUUAAUCCUUCUAAUUUACAUUUAUGAUUAUCUAUUUUUGCAACAUUUUUGAUAAAUAAAUUGUGGUCUUUAUGCUUAAUUUUUUUCGUUAACGAAUUAAUCGUCAUGACAUUAUACAUUACAAAUCUAAGAAAAUCUUCAGGCGCAAGUUGUACCGUCAAAAACAGAUUAACGGCUCAAGGCGAUACAAUCACACGUGAAUUUGACAUGUAGAAUUAUUGAUCGUAAUAUUAUCCAUGCAAUGUUUUCAUAGUAUAUAAUAGUAUAAAUAACUAGCGUUAAUAAAAAUAUCUAAGAAAAUCCAAAAUGCAAAUCUAAGAAAAUCUAAAACGCAAACCUAAACAGAAAAAAAACAAAGUUUAUAUCUUGUAAAGGAGUCAAAAUAGCGAUCAAGAGGGAGAGAGAGAGAACAAAUGAGAUCUCUCGGCUGAGGCAUGUUUCUGUGAUAAAAGAAUAAAUAAAGAGCUAUUCAUGGAAAGAAAUAAAUCAUGAUUUUGUGAAAGAAGGCUAACCCUAUAGAUAUGUAAUCACAGUCUUCCCAAGAGUUAUAUGUAUAUAUAAAAAUAAAUGAACAAUCAGAAAGCGAAGGAGGGGAGUGAGAGGGAGAUUGAUUGAGUGGAUCAGUAAUUCAGUAUAGAUUUUGUGAAUGAGUUUAAAUUAAGGCCUAUUAAAAAGAAGUUGGAAUUUUAACUGAGUCACUGAGACAUAAACAACUGUGGUAAGGACUUAUUGAUGCAGUUAAGUUUCUCUUGUUUCAGUCUGACGAUUACACAACUCCAUGCGGUAAAGACUCGUUGAGGCAGUUGAGUUUUUUUGUUUUGCUUUCAGUCUGACGAUUACAAACCCUAUUAUCUUAUAUCAGCUUUUACUAUUUCUUAGCUUUGCUCCUCGGUUUCAAUUCUACCCUACUCCUAAAACUAUAUAAGUAUAUAACCCUUUUUGAGAAAAUUAAUAUACGCUUUUUCUAGUACAAAAUUGUUCAUAUAAAUAUGUUUUUUCUGCAUAAAAUUCAUAUAAAUAUGUUUUACAAAUACAUUUCCUAAUCCAAGUCUACAUUAACAUUGAAAUAUAUGAUCAUCCGAUGAACCUAUAUAUAUAGCAAUAUCAUAUGUCAACACAUAUACUGCUAAUUUGUAAUCAAUCAUUCAUCUCGACUAGCAAAGCGAAAUUAAACUUAUUACUUGACUAGAUCCACUUAUCUAUCUAAUAAGUAUAGUAAAAGAUGUAUUUCCCAAUUAUCUGAAAUCAUGUAUUAUGGUUACAAAAAUAGAAGUUAAUUGUAAAUAACAAGAUAUUUAUGUAACAUACUUCUGUGAAAACAACAUAUAUAUAUGCGUUUGAUAGAACAUAGAUGUAUGUAUGUUUAUGUGAAUCAUAUAUGUAUAACAUAGAACAUACACCUUUUUUUGGGUCAAAUGAACAUACACCUUUCUACACAUGGUUCUAUUGUACAUCUAUAGUUAAGUAUACACAUGGUUAUAUUGUACAUCUAGUUAAGUACAUUUAUAAUAUGUACUAUCAAUAAAGUACACACAAAAUAUAAUGAACAACAUUUGUUAAGUAGUGACAUAACAUUACAUGUUAGGUGUGCGUCUAUAUAUACACAACAUUCCUGAAAUCCAUGAACUAAUACAAAUGGAAAACAUGAGACUUUCAUAAUUAGGAGGGAAAUGGGUUAAAGUAGGAGCUAGGAGUAGAUAGAAUAUGCGUUUCAGAAGGAUGAAACAGAAAAGUAGAGUUUUUUCUAUUUAUGCAAAUAAAAGUUUUUAGGGUCCAGUUACCGAAUGCUGUACAUAUUAGUAGUUUACUAGAAUAGGCUGCUGAAGAUGAUGUUCCUAUACAAUGACACCGCCCCAUCUCUAUCACACACUAUAACCAUACAGUUAAGUACUUCUUUAUAUAGGUCUUCGUAGGCUUGUUUACUUUGGGUAUGUUUUAAAGUAAUGUAGAUUCAGAGUAAAUGUUGAGGCUGGAUAGCACAGGGCUUAUGGUACACGCAUACAAUAUGAUACACCUAGUUUUAGCACACACAAUUAUUAACGAAAAGCAUAGCUAAUCAGAUUUAAAAUCGGAUACGGGGUAUAAUACAAUUAAAAAUUGUUAGAGAUAAUUUGAGGUUUUACAUUUGUAUUGAUAAUUGUAGAGUAUUUCAAUUUUUUUUUUGAAACAAUUUCAAUUACUUAAAUCAGGAAACUUUGGGGUUCAAGUUUGAUAUAGUAAUCGAGUUACCUCCUUAAUUAGAAAAACUGGAAUUAUUUUAUUUUAUUUUAUUUUAUUUUAUUUUUGGUCAAAAAAAAUUGGAAUUAAUGUUGAUAUAUAUACUAGUUAGUAGUUGCUCCUUAUAAUUCUACUAGGUGUACCCCGUACUGCUUACGGGAAAAUAAAAUAAUUAAAUUAUUAUGUUAAAAUAGUAUGUUUUGUAGCCAAAGUUUAUUGAAUGGUAAAUUUGGUGAUACUCAACCUAUUCCAAUAUUGUUUUCUUUUACUUAUUGCAAUAUUUGUAGACAUCAUAUACUUGACGUUCUAUUAGAACAAUAAUACUAUUCUCUUUUUUUGGACGGACAAAGUGAUAAUAAUGUUUUUCUCAAAUUCAGUUUUUUUAAAUAUAUUACUUGGUUGCAAGUUUUGUGUAACUAUUUUUAUUAUGGCUCUCUUAAACAGUUAGAGAUUUAAUGCUCGUGAACAUUAUGAUCAAAUAUACAGGAACUGACUUAUGCAUUGUAAAUUGUUAGUGUGUAAUUACAUAUGCACGAGAAAAAUAAAGAAAAUAAAAACUCGACUUUCCACAGAUUAUCUUCUUAUUUUAUAAAUACACAAUCUACCUGGAAUUCAUUUGAGCUCUUGUGCAGAGAUUCAUAAUAUAAGUAUGGAAAACUCAUUUGACUUCAACUCUGAAACUCUCUUCUAGUUUGGGGUGUAAAAAUUUCGUAUUUCAAUUUUAUUAGAGCUCACUAAGGAAGCUGAUUGUAGUUACUCUACUUAUACAUAAUUUAAAAAUAUAUUAAUUUGGUAAAUAAACAAAGAAUUAUAUACUUGUUAUUAAAGUAACCUUUCAACAUAAAUCACAAAAUAAUGAACUUAUAGAUGUUAUCAGCAUGACUUUAUUUUAUUUUUGGUGCCAGAACAAAUAAAAAAAUAUCAAUCUGAAAGAAACAAUACAAAAUACCAUACUUUCUUUAUGAUAAAAAGUUAGUGAAAUACAAUACUUAUACUUGGAUUUCGUUUUUGAUAGUCUUUUCGUUGGACUGUUAAAUUUAUUUACUCUUUACACAUCUUUUGAAGUGCAACAACAAUGACUUCUUCUGAGAUAUCAGGAUGCAUGAUGGAGAUUUGUGGAAUAGAAAUUUAAAAAUUGGUUUUAGAGAAAAAAAUGUUUUCUAUUGAAAGGCAGUCGUAUUGUAACAUGGAACAACUAUAAAUGCAAAAGUUGUAGUAGCUAUUAGGACAUUGGUGGUUAGUGGUGAUCAUGGAGGUGUGGUCAGGGGCGGAGCUAGAGAAAAAGUUUGAGGGGGCAUAAUUAAAACUAUUCAUAAAACUAAGGACCGAUUUGUUUAAACAGGAGGGGGCAUAUUUAGAAUUAGUCAAUACUUUACAUGGGAUUUUCAAAAUGAGUUGGGGGCAGAUGCCCCCCUGUUACUCCAUGUGCAUCCGCCACUGGGUGUGGUGACGGGUGAUCGUGGCGAGUGGCGAGUGGCGAGAUAGACAUGAAAUAUAUUUGAUUUUUUCCUGUAAAUAUCUAAACGUACAUAAUGUGCAAGGUUUUAUUUUUAUUCAUUUUUAUUUAAACAAUUCUGUUUUUGUUUUUAAAUGAUGUGGCAUGGUAUAAUUAGUUGAGUGACUUGUGAUUUUAACAUAUAGAGGAUUAUUCAAAAGAUGCCAAGAAAAUACGGAAAAAUAUAUAAACCAACAUAGCUUCAUUUUAAAGAAAAAUGUAGUUAAUAUUUAGACUAAAGAAAAUAGGAACCGCAGAGAAAAAAUUAAUUAUUUAUUUAUAGUUUUUUAGUUUUUCCACGUGUCAAUUGUUUUUUUAAUUUUUAAAAUAAUUUUCCACGUGUCAGAUUUUGAUUGGAGAGACGACUUGCGCUUUAGUAUAUAAGUUAUUUGAUUGAAAAUGUUAACCUCUUUAUUUUUUCCUUGGUAAAAAUAGAAUCGAAUAGUAAAAAAUACAGUUUAAACAAACACACACGUCUACAAAAAAAAAACACACAC